AUGUUUACAUAAAGCCCCUAGAUCUGAUCUACCCGAGAUAUAGGACAGGUUGCAUAAACAAGUCAGACCGGCAAGCAUGAAGGUUGUGUUCAGUCUCCUGGCGUUUUGCCUCAUUGUCGUCCUGUGCGAUGGCUGUUGUGUCCCAAAGCAAUGGGAAGCCAUUGAAGGAAUUAUCACAGGGAUUGACGAACGAGGAAAAGGCAACUUAGAAGAGUGAACUUUCUGGAGACCAUCGGUUACACAAAUCUGACAGCUGGAAUCCAGGACAUGAGUGUGUUUGAACCCCCACCAAUCUGUUUGGGUGGGAUGGCCGAAAGGAUGAUUUAUGGAAAACUGAGUGGCCCAAACAUCAGCCUGAGGAAACAUGCCUACCUUGGAAUGUAGACUUCAGGAAUCCCUCAGUCAUCUAUAAGAUAGCCUAUCAUCACUGUCAUGUGCAUCAUACUUUGAACAGAAGCUAAAUUUUUCCAAAAUUGCCAGUUUUCAUAAAGGAAAGAAAUCUCUAAGCUCACAACAACAAUUUGAAAUGAAAUCUAAUAGGUAGAUACUGUUGACAUCUGGAUUACAAGUGUAAUUAUCUACCAGAGAACUCUUGUUGUGUCAAAAUGCAUAGAUAUAGAAAUCAAGUGUCAACAACUUACAGUUAAUAUGACUGAAAAUAGUCAUGAAUUUUCAAAAGAAUAACUUUUAUUUUUUGCUAUAAAUGUAAAUCUUUUUGAGCUGAGGCCAUAUAUUGCUGUACAUAGCAUCUCUCUCUGUUGUUUUAGUUGUUUUGAUUUUUACGUAUUUAAUCAGAUCUAAAUAUAAGAACGUUUUUUGUGAAGUACAAUGUAUUUAUAUUUUGAGUAAUUGUACCCUAUCAGAUCUGCCUUUUUGUCAAGCAUUUAUAUCCCUCUGCUAUUUCAGAUCUGCCUGACUCACCAUGUACUAGCUUUCUUGUGUGCUAAUAUCAUGCAUAUCACAAACUUUUCAUUCCAAAUAUUUUUGUAUUGAAAAAAAAAAUAAUGUAAAUGUUACUGUUGUGCAUCGUGUUAAGUUAAGACCCUCUGAAGAAUUUUGACCUUAAUGAAAUGACACAUUCAGGCAUCAAUGAAUCCAAACAAAUUUGUGGGUUUUUUUUUUGUUUUUUUUGUUUUGUUUUUUGUUUUGAUUAGGUAAGUUAAGGGUAAGGGUGAACGUUUAAGUAUUUAAAUAUUAUGCACUAAUAACAUAUUUCAAAUAUACAUUGUGUAUGUCACAUUUCAGUUUUCACUUUUUAGUAAACUUUACAUACCUA